AUGUCAUCUACUCGAUUAUACCCAUCCUACUACGGAUACGUGGGCUCAACCAAGGACGCGUUACUCAUUAUACAAGAGAUCUUGGAUAAACAAUUGGACUUGGUACCCAGACGUCCCCACGAACGGGAGCGGCCCCAAUUAAUCAAAUCAGGCAAUGUUUUUGUAUUUAUUGAAGAGCAUUCAGGAAUUAAACGAUGGACAGAUGGAAUUGCUUGGUCACCUUCGAGGUUAUUGGGACGGUUCCUUGUAUACCGUGAAUUGGACAAACAAACAUUGAAUGAAAAGGACGACAGAAAGAAGAAGAAGAGGAAAGUUAGUGCAGAUUUGACCCUGACAGAUUUUGGUAGUGAUACCGCUAAAUCACCAACAUUGGGGUCAUUAACUCUGGAUACAACUAGUACAACUGCCAACACCAUCCCGGCAUCUGUCUCAUACAACAGCAACGAUUAUAAGAAGAGCUUGUUGGGUGGUCCAAUGGUAAGCUCAUAUGCAUUCAAAGACCAAGGUUUAAUAAAAAAGACACUCUCAUUAACCACUAGGACCAAGGAUUUACACAUUGACAAACAGGAUGAAAAACAAACAAUUCAUUUAAUAAGUUAUUACAACGCCGAUGAUGUCUUGAAUGGCAAGUUACAACGUCCAUCAGAAGGGGAUUUGAAGAACACAAUUAUAAAUCCAAAUUUGUGGAAUGCAGUCAAGAAUAGUUCUUUAGGUGGGAAAAUCCCCAUUGAAGACGAAGCAUACUACUUUUUGGAUAACAAUUAUCAAUUACAAAACAUGUCCCUCUUGCAAAAACCAUCUCAGGGUUACACCAAAACACAAUCCAACUCGCUACAGUUUGAUAAAUAUGCCAAUGGUCAAGCCACCCAAUCGUUCCAACAGCAAUACAUGCUACCAGUUCCUGCUGAUGGGGUCAAGAGAGAAGAUAGAGGUCAAAUAUCAACUGAAAUGUCAUUUAGCAAUCCAUUUACUGGCUACAACGGACAACAGACCUACACUGGUGGUGGGACAGCCUCUUCUGGUUCAUCAAGGACCGUUGUGCCUGUGUAUAAUAAUUAUAUGCUCCAACAACAAUCUGCUACCCCAACCCAGCCAGUAUCUUAUAACCAAUCUGGUCAACAAUUGAACCAACUGCAGUAUGGUCCAUUGUUUCAACCGCCGACAAGUUUGCAUACUUCGGGAGGAACUAGUGGGUCUAUGCAAGCGCAAAACCACGAAUUAUACACAAACUCGCACUACCAGCCCUAUCUUCAAAGCUACCCGCAGACGAUUUCUGGUCCCCAGUACCAUUAUGAACAAUAUCUGACGACACUGAAUGCUGCUGCUACAUCCAAUUUGUUUGCAACUUCUACAUCCAACAAUAGGAGUAGUAAUAACAACAACAACAACAACAACAAUAGAAACUCCACCUCGAGUCAAGCGAGCAUAGGUAACAAUACAAAUUCAAGAGGGUCAUUGUUAGCGGGUCAAAAUUUUACAUUUGGUAAUUACAAUGGAAGUGGGUAUAUUGCCAGUGCAACUCCAUUAGCUUUGAGCAAUAAUGGUGGACUGAGCUCUAGCACCACGUAUGAUGGUGGUGGAGGUGCUGCCGGUACUACUGCUGGUGCUUCAGCAUCGUACCAAUAUCCACUUCGCCGUCGGUCAUUUUCAUCCAGUUAUCCCGUGAGUACAUUGGCUACAGUUGGUGGAAGUGGAACUGAGGACUCUAAUGGGAACGGAGGGAGCAGUUCAUUGUACUCCACUAAUGCAUGA